GUGUGCGCAUGCGCAACCGCCAAGCUGCAUGUAGGUGCAAGUGCAAGUUUUCACAGGUAGUAUUAUAUAAUUAUAGAGCUCAGCAGCCAGCAACAAGUCAACAAAGAAGCAAUGGGCUGUGGAGGAUCAACAUCAAGAGUUGUCUCACCAGAGAUGAGACCAAUUGAGGAGGAGAGAGGACAAGUGUUUCAGAACCUGGACGACAACGAAAGCGACCAAACUCGCAGUGAAACAAACUAUCAAGAAGACGAAUUACAGACUUGUAGCACAACUUUGGUACUGGAUAUAUCAAAUACAAGCAGCAACAUCAUUGACAGCAGAAAUACAGAAGAUGCUGCGGCAACUAAAAUACAAGCAAAAUAUCGAGGUUAUGCUACUCGCAAAAGAUUGAAGUCCAAAAGUGAUCGCGUUUUCUCAGCUACACCCAGUCAAGCAGUGCCAGCUGUGGACAACGCUCCUUCACAACUUGUAGGCGAUGCAAUUGAAGAAGAAGAUAUAUCAGACGACACUCAAAACGAAAGCGGCGACACUCGAACCGAAAGUGAUGACACUCAAACCGAAAGUGGUGACACUCGAACUGAAAGUGGCGACACUCAAACCGAAAGUGACGACACUCGAAACGAAAGUGGCGACACUCGAACCGAAAGUGGCGACACUCGAAACGAAAGUGGCGACACUCUAAACGAAAGUGACGACACUCGAAACGAAAGUGGCGAUACUCAAACUGAAAGUGAUGACACUCGAACCGAAAGUGGUGACACUCGAACCGAAAGUGGCGACACUCAAACCGAAAGUGACGACACUCAAAACGAAAGUGGCGAUACAGAAAAGGAACAUGAUAGCACAGAGACUAUCGAACAAAUAAAUGUAGAGCCGGGUGUUGUAGAGGAGAGUGUAGAGCGACAGGAGGACAAAGAAAGUGUAAAACAAGACAAUGAUGAGGUGCUUCAAGAAAGUACAGCAGAUGAUACUGACUAGCUACCCAGUAAUUUUCAAACUGCUACCAUUCUCUAGUUUUUCACAUAAUUUAUUUACUGCAUAAUAAUAAUUAAUAAUAAUUAUAAUUAUGUGACUAUAAACAACUAUUUAUCAUUAAACGUUCCUUUGACCUUUGUAC